CCUGAUGCUACUGCCAAGAGUGAUAGAUGCCCUCACUGUUUAAGGAUGUUUCAGAGCUGUGUAGAUAGGGUGAUUGAGCGCAAAACGCAAGACGAUCUCAUUCAAUCACUUGUGGAGCUUCAUAAUGUGAUCUCAAAUAUGUCACAGAGGAAUAUUAGACGAGAAAGACGAGAAAGACGAGAAAGUGUGGAUAUAUGCAGUCGCAAAAGCAACGUGAGGAGAGGAACAAAGUUGAAUGCAGUGGGCAGGGGAAUUACCUAUAUAAUUUAUUGUGAACAUUUCUAGAAAAUCUUGUGAGGUCAUUGGCUCUGGGUAAAAGUAGAAACUGCUUUCGGCGCCCAUGACAACUGAUCAGAUUUGUCAGAAGCUUCAUAUCACUGAUCAGAUUUGUCAGAAGCUUCAUAUCACGCGAUUGCAAAUUCGGAGAAAUAGUUCAAAAGUAGCAAGGUGUAGAAUCGUCUCACUUUAGAUAACUUACCUCCCUAGUACUACCCAUAACAAUUGUGUUCUGACCUACAUUUGGCUUGGGCUACACGCUGUCUUGUUUUAUCCACACUAAAAAUGAAACUUAAAAGAAAUUUGGAUGUUGUCUACUUUAGAACGGAAUCUUCCUACUCACGCCUUGCCCUUGUUACUUAUCCUUGUAUAUUUGUGGGAGAUCAACCCAAGUGAGCAGACUGUAAGACAGUUGGAUGAAAAUGGUGGAUCUUGUGACACAAUCCGUCGUGGGUGCUGUUGCCAAUGAUCUGUUAUCGUUGGUGAGAGAUGCCAUAAAGAAGAGCUAUAACUGCAAACGUUACUGCAAGCGCCUUGAGAAAGCACUGGAAGAAAUCAUACCUCUAUUAAAUGAGGUCAUUGACACUGGUUCUGAGGAGAUUUCGCAACAUCGCCAGAAUAGGCUUGCGGAUUUUCAUAAGAGGCUGAAGGAUGGGACUGAGCUGGUAAACAGUUGUUCUAAGGUCAAGCGGUACAAUUUGUACAAGAGCUAUAAAUUUGCAACGAAAAUUCAAGCUUUGGAAAAGUAUAUUAUCAAUUUCCAUCCGAAGCAAGGCUGGUUGCAUACCAUGUGUGAUAUGCAGCAGCUCAGAGAAAGUAUGAAGCAGGGUUUUGAGACGAUUCAGGUCGAAAUUGCAGCACUCGAAUUACAACAGCCUCGGCUGAUGAUAACUGAUUCGAUGAAUCAGUUGCAAAUCGACGAAGAGAUUUCCAGUCACAUCCCACAAAUUCCUGAAUUGCCUAAAUCUCCUGUAGGUUUGCAGAUUUCUAUUGAUGAGCUGUGGAAGCGUCUGUCCCCCGAAGAUGUCUCACAUGUUGCAGUGAAAGGAUUGGGGGGCAGUGGAAAGACCACUCUGGCAAUAGCUCUCUGCAAUGACCCUAAAAUCAAAGAUCACUUUAAGGACAGAAUUGUUUUCGAAACAGUUUCGCAGUCCCCAAAUCUCAGGGUAACCAUUGAGAGACUGUGGGAUAAGAUAGUUCGUGGCGACAGACCUGAUUUUCAUAAUGUUGAAGAUGCCCGUAUCCUGUUCCAGCAAGGGCUUAACCAAAUGAAACCAAGGCCAACUUUGGUUGUGCUGGAUGAUGUCUGGAAAAAGCAUCACCUUGAAAAACUGUUGUUUAAAGCAGAAGGAUACAAGACUGUGAUCACAACCAGAGAUAGCCUUGUCGAAGCUUAUUGCCAGUAUGACUUGGAAUUAUUAAGCGAAGCAGGUGCUCUGUCCCUUUUCUGCUUUUGGGCAUUUGGACAGAAAACAGUUCCAGAAACAGUUGAUCAAAAUCUAGUCAGCCAGGUAAUAGCAGAAUGCAAAGGAUUGCCACUUGGUCUUAAGGUGAUCGGAAGCUCUCUGCGUGAUAAGCCUCCUGCAGUGUGGAGUCAUGCGAGAAACAAGCUUUCUCAAGCAGAACCGAUAUCAGAUUAUCACAAAGAUGGGCUUCUCAGCUGUCUGAAGACGAGUAUAGAUAUCUUAGAAAGAGAAGUUCAAGAAUGCUUUUUAGAUUUGGGGAUAUUUCCAGAGGACAGAAAAAAUCCUGUUGCUGCAUUAUCGGACCUGUGGGUUUAUGUUCAUGAGUUGGAUUGGGAAGCUGCUUAUAGAAAUUUGAUAGAACUUAAUAAUCGAAAUUUGUUGAGUCUUGUGAACAGUGCAAUGGAUCACUUUGGGAACAUGUAUGGCAGUAGCUCUGAACUUUUUAUUCAGCAUGAUGUUCUACGGGACUUGGCUUUAACCCUUGCCAGGCAAGAAGAGUCAAUAAACAUGCGUAGAAGGCUUAUUAUGCCCAGGGGAGAAAAUUAUGUUCCCAAAAUAUGGAAAAAACAUGCAGAUUCUCCAUUCAACGCUGAGAUUGUUUCUUUGCACACAGGUAUGAUGAAUGAGGAGGACUGGUGUCACAUGAAUUUUCCUAGAGCUAAGGCUCUUGUGUUAAACUUUUCUGCUAGUGAAUACUUUCUCCCCCCAUUUUUGCAGACCAUGCAACAGUUAAAAGUCCUUGUAAUUGUCAAUUACAACUCAGAGCGGGCCUCUCUCAAAGGUUUAUCAGUCCUAUCUUCAUUAUCUCAGUUGAAGAGUCUUAGGUUAGAGAGAGUGAUUGUUCCACCCCUCCAUGAUUAUUGCCAAACCUGGCAAAAAUUAGAGAAGCUAUUGUUUAGCCUAUGUGAUUGUUGCGAAAUUAUGAAUUGGAUGCAGAGAAGUCUGUGCUUUAAUUUACCCAAUCUUCUUGAGCUUACCAUUGAUCACUGUAGUAAGUUGGAGGAACUUCCUGCAUGUAUUUGUAAUAUGACUUCCCUUCAAAAGUUGUCUGUUACAUCCUGCCAUAUUCUUUAUAAGUUGUCGGAUGAUCUAGGAAAGCUUAGUUCACUGCAAAUGCUGCGUUUGAAUGGAUGCCCAUGUUUAAAGGAGCUGCCAUAUUCCAUAUGUAAACUUAAACAGCUGAAAUUCCUUGAUAUUUCACUGUGUGAACACAUGCAGCAACUCCCAGACGAGUUUAGCCAAUUGUCAAGCUUGGAAGGUCUUGAUAUGAGAGAGUGUUCUCAUGUGAAGAAAAUUCCUAAAUCUUCCAGUGAGUUAAAAUCCCUCGUGCAUGUUAUCUGUGAUGAGAAGCUCAGCCUGCAAUGGACAGCUAUCAAGGCCUCCAACAUUCCUCGGCUCAAUGUUGAAGUUGCAGAAGAGCCUUUCCACUUGGACUGGCUUGAAGAUUGAUGCAUAUGGCAUAUACUUGUAAAAUCUGGUUACAAUGCUGAUGGAGAUAUCCCAGAUUGAUGCUUUUGUCAAUGAUAUAAAUGUAAUGUACAAACAAUUGUAGAGUCUUGGGCAGUACUAUGUGAAGAAGGGGUUUCUGCGAGGUGAUGUAAAAUAUGCAUUCUUGUACAAACAAAUGUUUCCUUAUUUUCUCAUUCA